CCGGCGGGUGUGGGUCUCCAGCGAUCGGUGGCACCUGCCGCGGCGGGGCUGCCAGCUGGCCCGAUCCUCAGACACCCGCGGGGGCUGCACGUGUCUCCUGAGGUUAUGCUGGAGCCCUCGAGUGGCAGGGUGGGGCACACGCUGGUGCCUGGAGACUGUGGGAAGCAGCAAGGGGCACACGAGGCCACAGUUCCACCUCCGCCGCCUUGUCUAUUUUGGAGGUGUUCCGAGUGUGGAGCCGCACGUGACCGCCACACGCACAUACGCACACACCAGACGAACACGGGAGAGCCGAGCGCUCACACGCGAGGUUCAGUCUGUGGCAGCGCGCGUUGACGUGAGCAUCUUGCAACGACCGCUUGUCACCGGACCGCCGCGGGAAACCUGUUCCCUCAGGUGCUGUGGACGCCGCAAGCCAUUACGUAGUAGCGCCUAUUUUGUGCAGGAGCCCCCGCCGGAACCCUCCCGAGUGUUGCUUUGUGCGGCUGUCCUGCAGGAAUCCCGGGCGCGAUGCCUGGCACAUACAACUUAUUUUGAAUGAAUACACUAAUAGCAAGGUUAUUGUGAUGUUCUGUUGAUAUAAGUUGCUGUGAAAGUUUUUGUGUGUGGCCUGCGUCGACAUAACGCGACACAGGGCACCAGUGCUGUGCCACAGCCACCCAGUGUACGGUGCAGCGAGGCUGCCCACAGCCCAGCCGAAAGCAUUAAUACACAAGCUUACUUGAGAACGACUCUAGUGUGCGUGGAUGUUUGCCUGUGAAGUGGAGGCACGUGUGACUGUUGGCGGGCAUUGGCUCCGUCUGGUCCACGUUUCCGUGCCCCGGCCUAGAACACAACCAAGCUUCAACGUGCCCUCCUGUCCCCGCCCCGGCCCCGUCUGGGACCAGGGGUAAGAGGACCGGGUAGGAUCUAAGCCCCCGUGGGGAGCCACUGGUAAUGGCCACGGUAGUGAAAGAGGAACCAGAGGCACCGUACAGCCUCUCUCUUCUCUUGGGUGACCGCAACUCCCGCUGCAGAACCAUGACCGCUUCAGCCCUGGGACCGGGCGCGCCGCCCUCCCCUGCCCUUCAACACCAAACCUGCGGUGCUCAGCAGCUGCAGCAGCCUCCCCAACCACACAUGAAUGGCGUGGCAGCCUUUGAGAGAGUGCCGGCACACUCUCCCUCCAGUGUGGCCCCCGUUGAGGGCACCAAGAGGCACCCGUCACCCAUCAAACCCACGGCCAAUGACCCGUUGUCUCACCGCAUCAUCGAAAAACGGCGGCGGGACAGGAUGAACAACUGCCUGGCCGAUCUGAGCCGCCUCAUCCCCACCUAUUACCUCAAAAAGGGCCGCGGCCGCAUCGAAAAGACGGAGAUCAUCGAAAUGGCCAUCAAGUACAUGAAGCACCUACAGGCCCACGCGUGCAACCAGAUAGAAAACUGUGAGGUCACCGCCAAGCAGGAGAAGACAGGCAACCAGCUGGAGCAGUUCCACCUCGGCUACCAGGAGUGCAUGUCCGAGACGAUGCAGUUCCUGGUGGAGAGCGAAGGCUUCUUCUCGGGCGACUCCCUGUGCGUGCGGCUCAUGAACCACCUCACCAAACACUGUGACAAGAUUCUCACUAGUGAAGGCUACGUGACGCGGCAGAGCGGGGCGAGCUCCUCCUCCAGCGGCUACCAUGCCAACAGCUCCUCGGCGGGCUCGUCCAGCGAUGGCAAUGGCAAUGGCUCAAGUCACGCGUCAGAGAGUAAGGAAACUCUUGUUACAGAAGAAUCUGCCUACCGCUCUGAGGAUCGUCCAGGAUCUGAUGAAAGGGAGGACAAGCUGGGUGGCUCUUCCUCCCUGGAUGGUAGUUCUGGGGUUGGAAGUCAGCUGCGUGAGAUCCUCCAGCAACACUCUGGCCCAGUCAUCAGUGGGGAGCGACGGUGUGGAGGCUACUCGUCAGGCCUCAGCUCCAACAACUCAUCCAGCGGAGAUGACAACAACAACACCAACAGCAGCCGCCUCUACAAGUUCAAAUCCAACAUGAAGCAUCGUUUCAGUGCUGACCUAGAACAGUCCCACCAAGUGAGGAAGAAACGAAGGGACUCUGAGUCCUCGUGUGGAAACUACACAGAUUAUGAAAAAGACCGAGUGACGCCCACCGGCCCAGCGUCCCGUGCCACCCCCUCCCAGGACAGCUUCCCUCCUGACACUGCAAAGCUGCUGGAUGGAAAAGACAGUCCUCUGCCUGAGAAGGUCCAGAGAUCUUCAACACCUACUCCCAAGUGUGAGGGCCAAAUGGGAGACAGCUCCCCUUGCAGACAAGUCCCAGAGAUGGGUCCUGGGGGAACUGUUCCCAUCUUUGCUCUCAACCAGAAUGGCAGCUUCUAUGUUCCCUUAACAAUCGACAAUGCCCUCAUCGCCCCCAUAAUGUCUGGCCUUUCAGACAUGUCCCCCGUCCUUCACCCAAUAUCCAUCAGUGUAAAUUUCUGUGGCCCAUGUCCCACUAUCACCUCUAGUAUAGUUCCCCCUGGCCAGCCAGGCUGUGCCGGGGCCAUUGUACCCAAUACCCACCACCUCCUGGGCAGCCGCUACUCCCACAUAACUCACAGCUCCCCCCUCAACACCUUUGAGGCCGGGGUGUACAAUGGGCGGCCCCACACCAGGGUUCCAUAUGAAAGGAAGAAACGUGAUAGCACACGGCACACCUCCCAGUAUGAGGAGCCACGGGGUGGCAUGUCAGGGGGGGCGCCAGAGGGUGUAGAGAAGAGGGAGCCCAGCGAGAUGGAUAUGAGGGAUCACCACCACCACCAUCACCACCCCCUACACCAGGAGGGGCCACCUCGGGAGGCUGGCCAGGACCUCCCGACUUGGCUGGAACACAUGCGGGAUGCCAAGGACACAAAAGACCAGAAGCCACAUGAGGUGAGAGAGAUGAGAAAUGUGCGGACGGGAAACUUGCGGGACAUUCGUGAAGUGAGAGAGAUGUGGGAGAUGCGUGACCCAGCACAAACAGUUCGGGAGUAUAUUGACACCAGUGGAAACUACCCUAAAAAUGCUCCUUACUCUCGAACUCACCCACACUGGACACCUGCAUACCAUGUCCAGCCUAAGAAUUAAGAGGUUGUGAAAAUAACUAGUAAUUAGUCAUUGUACUGUCUUGAAAUAAACUGGUCAUCCUAAUUCAUUUCUACUACAAUUGACAGAUGUAGAAGUAACAAUCUAGUGAAAAUAAUACCUUCUGAAAUGUAAUUGAACGAGGGCAACUAUGUUCUAUUUUGAUGAAAAGAAUUAGACCACAGAGUUGAAAUGAUGGAAUCAUAUAAGGAAUAUAAACAAACCUGAUAUUACAUUCAGUGAUUAAUCCUAUAUGUUGAAAGUACAUUACUUUAAAAAAGUGAGUGGGUUUAACAAAACAAUACCAAGUGCAGUGCAGUGGUGACUCAGAGACAUGAUCGUUGGUGUUCUGAGAAGUUUUGCUCAAUAACAUUGUCAAUGGCUAGUUGUACUAGUUAUGCGAGUGUCCUAUUCAUCUUUAAUUAUAUACAAAUGAAGACAAGAAGAAGAUGAAAGGAGGAUUCUAAAUCACAUGUAGACAGUACCUGAAUAGCUAGACGCAGAUGUGACACAGUUGGUGCAAGUGUUCAGUCUUGCUGGUCCUGGCACGGGUGGAGGGCUGACUCACAGUGUAUCUCACCAGUAGUGGACAGCCACUCACAACUCAUUACUUAUCCUUCCAGUUGGUUUAUCUAUUACUGUAACUCAUUCAUCUAAGUUAUUUAUUCUUUUUAUUUACUGUAAAUACUGUGCCAAAAUUAUCCAGAUUAUAUUGUAAGUUAUGACUUACAGGUGUUACAACUGUUCAGAAAAAAAUUACUGAGUAUUUGAAGUAUUUUCAUUGUUCAUACAUAUCUUAACAUAUGUACUACAUUGCCACAUAGAAAUAUGUAAAAGACUUCCCCUUGUUUGUCCCCCCCUUCCCCUCCCUUCCCCCAAUAUAUUUACCUCAUACCUGAGGGAGUACCGAAGCAGUCUAUGAAUCAAAUUAGAUUCAAAGAAAAUUCGAACAAUCAAGGAACAUAACAGUGUGAUGAUCUCCAUUUCCAUGAAGUGGAGGUUCUUGCCUCCCUUUAAAUGCCAGGUUUCUGAAAAGUGUUAUCUAGUGAUCAGUAUUGACCUACACACUAUAUAGCUGUUUCUUACUAAAUUAGGUUAGUUGCAUACUUGCCUUGGUAUGAAGGGAAGAGAUUCAAAUAAAAAAUAAAUUAUACAAAAAAUCCAGCUGGAGAGACAAACCCAGCCACCCAACCUACUCCAGCUGCUUGUGGUCACAGAGCCAGGAGUCUGCCAAAGUGAGCCUGAGGUGCCCAGCCCGCCAGCCCCCCACCCUUGCCCACCACUGACUACUCACCCGUGAUAUGUGUGCUGUACAUCUGUUUCAUUUCUGCUGUAGGAGCUGUAAAUAUGCCAUGCUUUUGAUGUGUAUGUGCAUGUGGUGGUUUAUUUAAUGAUUCUGUAAUGUUUUUCUCUAUCACUGGUAUCCAGUUUAGUCUACAAUUGCUGAUCACCUUCAGAUUGGAGUACAUUAUAUUCCUGCUGGUGGCUGUGCAUGCAGUUUCUUCCUUGCAAAAUUGUAUUUAUUAAAUUUAUUAUAUUUUUUCUUCAGUAGUUCUGUGAGUACCAAAUAUGUUUUGUUUUGUGUAGGAAAUCCCUGUCAUGAGCAGUGGUUCUGAGGACAUCGCUGACAUUGCAGAGCUACCAUCGUUUCCACAAUGUUAAUAUACAUACUAGUAA